AGAGAAAGAAAAGAAAAGCACCAAAACGAAUCCGUUUACUUGCCCCUCUUGGAAAUCGACGGUGGUCUUCGCCGGAGAAGAUGAAGCAGAGAACGUGGCCAGGUACAUCCGACGGGUCUCGAUUCACCUCCUUGCCGUUUUCGAAACCUUACGACAAGGAAAAACGCAGUAGAUUUUCAAUCAGAGCAACGGCGAAGUCAAGCUCAAGCUCUUCCCCUCUAGUAUCGAAUGAGGUAUCGGACGGUGGCGGAGAUUUCUCGAUGCUUCCGUUCGACAUUCUGAUGAAAAUCGCGGCGCCGUUAAGCCUUCCGAAUCUCCAGGCGGCGUCGUCGGUGUGCAAAUCGUGGAGGGACGCGCUCCAGCCGCUGAGGGAAUCGAUGGUGCUGCUUCGCUGGGGCAAACGGUUCAAGCACGGACGAGGAGGCGUUCGAGCGAACCUCGAGAAGGCUCUGGAUUCGUUCCUGAAAGCCGCCGCGCGUGGAUCCACGCUCGCCAUGGUCGACGCAGGGCUUGUGUAUUGGGAAAAGGGAGAGAAGGAGAAAGCGGUGGGUCUGUACCGGAGAGCUGCGGAGCUUAAUGAUCCUGUUGGUCAAUGUAAUUUGGGGAUUUCGUAUCUUCAAGUUCAACCCUCAAAUCCAAAGGAAGCAAUGAAAUGGUUGAAACAAUCUGCAGAGAAUGGUUAUGUUCGAGCACAGUAUCAGUUAGCUCUUUGUUUACACCAAGGCCGGGUCGUGCAAGCCAAUUUGCCGGAAGCUACUAGAUGGUACCUAAAGGCAGCAGAAGGUGGGUAUGUACGAGCAAUGUAUAACAUAUCGCUUUGUUACUCGGUUGGGGAAGGCAUACCCCAAAACCGAAAGCUAGCAAGAAAAUGGAUGAAACGAGCAGCCGAUCACGGUCACAGUAAAGCUCAAUUUGAACAUGGCAUUGCUCUAUUUUCUGAAGGGGCGAUGCUGAAAUCUGUGCUAUACUUAGAACUCGCUGAACGUGGUGGCGAAACAGCUGCUAGUCACGUCAAGGAAGUUGUACAGCAACGGCUCUCUGCAACUUCUCGUGCUCAUGGCUUGUCUUAAACCAAUCCUAUAACUGUGUGUCACCAGCUAUAAUCGAUCAGUGAGUCCAUCUUUUGAGUACAGUGAAGACCAGGUCAAAAGUUAAAUUAUUGGCUCUUGACACUUCUGUAACUCGAAUUUCUUUCAUUGUGGCGAUGAUUCAAUAACAUAACCUUUUCGCU